AUGGAAAAAAUAAACAACGUAACUGAAUUCAUUUUCUGGGGCCUUUCCCGGAGCCCAGAAGUUGAGGAAGUGUGUUUGGUGGUGUUCUCUUGCUUCUACACAGUCAUCCUUCUGGGAAAUCUCCUCAUCAUGCUGACAGUUUGCAGGGGCAACCUUAGCAAGUCACCCAUGUAUUUCUUUCUCAGCUACUUGUCUUUUGUGGACAUUUGUUACUCUUCGGUCACAGCACCCAAGAUGAUCGUUGACCUGUUAGCAAAGAAGAAAACUAUCUCCUAUGUAGGGUGCAUGUUGCAACUCUUUGGGGUACAUUUCUUUGGUUGCACUGAGAUUUUCAUCCUUACUGUAAUGGCUUAUGACCGUUAUGUGGCUAUCUGUAAACCCUUGCAUUACAUGAAAAUCAUGGACCGGGAGAGAUGUAAUAGAAUGUUACUGGGGACAUGGGUAGGUGGGUUCUUACACUCCAUUAUCCAAGUGGCUCUGGUAGUGCAACUACCUUUUUGUGGGCCCAAUGAGAUAGAUCACUACUUUUGUGACGUCCACCCUGUACUGAAACUUGCCUGCACAGACACACAUGUUGUUGGCAUUGUUGUGACAGCCAACAGUGGCACCAUUGCCCUGGGGAGCUUUGUGAUCUUACUCAUCUCCUAUACCAUUAUCUUGGUGUCCCUGAGAAAGCAGUCAGCAGAAGGCAGACGCAAAGCCCUCUCCACCUGUGGCUCACACAUUGCCGUGGUCAUUAUCUUUUUCGGCCCAUGUACUUUUAUGUACAUGCGCCCUGAUACCACCUUUGCAGAGGAUAAGAUGGUGGCUGUAUUUUACACCAUUAUCACCCCCAUGUUAAAUCCUCUGAUUUAUACAUUGAGAAAUUCAGAAGUAAAGAAUGCAAUGAAAAAACUCUGGGGAAGAAAUGUUUUCUUGGGGGCUUAUGGGAAAUGA